AUGUCCAGUAAAAACUCAAAAUUUUCCUGGAAACAAUGUAUCGAAGAUGAAAGAUGUAAAGUAUUUCCAUGCAUAAAAGGACUCAAAAAUUAUGGAAAUACUGAUUACUUUAAUGCUUUAAUGCAGUGCCUUGCUGGCUGUGACCGCUUUGCUGAAUUUCUUCUUUGUUAUGAUUUUGUGGAAUAUGAAGAGAAUAUUAUUUUCAACUCAUUUGUUAAUACAAUUCGUUGUAUGUGGCUUAAUGAUCCUUCUGUUGACACUUAUUUCCAUAAAACUAUUAGUUCUCUUGCAAAUGAAAAUUCACCAUUUUGUCUCAGCUCGCAAAAAGAUCCUCAUGAAUGUAUGAUUUGGUUAUUAAACAAACUUAAUCGAGAGUUUUUGAAUUCUUUGGAGAGAUUUUUUAUGUUGGAGAAUAAUUACUUAAGCAUUGGGAAUAAGUAUUUAUAUUCAAUGUACGAGAGCAGCAAAAAAGAUAAAAAAUCUAAUAUUUUAAAAUUAUUUCAGUAA